AUGGGAUGUCGUCAGGCCAAAGUUGCUCCAUCCAUUCUGGAGCAGAAAGUAGAAGAUAGGAAUUUAAAUAAAAAUACCAACGUUAUGCAACCCGGUUAUCACAUUAAGUCGAAUCAAACGAAUACCAUAAAUUCUAUUGACAACGUAAAUGGAGAAAAAAUAACCGAUAAUAAUCUAGUGGAUAAUCGGCUAGAUACAGCAAGCAUUCACAGUCGCUUUAGCCUAGAAAAGAAUAUCAUAGAUGUAAAUUCGAAGCCUUAUUCAAUCAAUAAUCUCAUAAUAGAGGAUCGUUCAUCCAAUAAAAAAAAUAAUAUAAUAGAUGUAGAAAAUCAGUUGAAAAGUUCAAAAUCAACAGAUCGGAUCUCAAAACUAUCAAAGCAAAGUGAACAGUUGGAUUCAGAUAAACUAUCAAUUAGGUCAAGUCAAAGUAAGACCAACGUGAGUGUUAUCAAUAAUAUUACUGACGGGACUAGCAUUCACAGUGGAAUUGAUAUUGAGAAAAAGGAUUUUGGUAUUAUAUCACAUGCAAACGAUAAUCUAGUACUGGACCAAAAUAACAAAAUAAAUGAGGUAAAGCUGGCAUCAAGAAAAAGUAGUGUGCGAAGUCAAAAAUCGAGCAUAUCGGAUAAUAUUAUGCAAGAUAUGAUCAAUACUACAAUCCCGAACAUUAGUUUAGCGCCACUGGAUACUGAUGCAUUUAAUCCUAAACUUUGUCUUGAACGACAGAAUGCAAUCGAUGAUGUCUCACUGAGGAAAACAAUAGACUUAUGGAAGCCAUCAUCGAUUCAACAGCUGAUCGAGUUUAUUAAUAAGUUAUCAACAAACAAGACACAGAUAGAAAAGGUGUGGAUAAUUUUUUAUUGGAUCUCUCAGAAUAUUAGUUAUGAUGAUGAAUCGUAUUUUAGUGGAAACAUUCCUAGUCAACGAGCCGAUGAUGUUUUUCGUAGUAAAAAAGCUGUUUGUGAGGGAUAUGCGAGUUUAUUCAAACGGUUAUGUGAUGAGACUGGGCUUGCAUGUGAAAAAGUGAGCGGAUAUGCCAAAGGGUAUUCGUUCAAUGCACGAAAACCUGCAUUUGAUGAUACAAAUCAUGCAUGGAAUGUGGUUAAAAUAGAGUAUCAUUAUUAUUUUAUAGAGUCGACAUGGGGAACAGGACAUAUGGCAGAAAAUAAAAAGUUUAAACGUGAACUUGAAGCUCAUUAUUUCCUUUCUCAGCCAGCGCACAUGAUCUACAAUCACUUGCCGGUUGAUGAGAAAUGGCAGCUGUUAGCUCGACCGAUAACAAUGACAGAAUAUCUGAGUAUGCCACAAACACAUGCGGCAUUUUUCGAGUUUGAUUUACAAGUGGUUUCACCACACAAUUCACACGCCAUAUCUAUCCACAAAGACAAAUAUUACGCUGAGAUACUGAUCUGUUGCCCAGAUGAUAUCGAGUUAAGUGGCUCAUUAAAGGAAUCAACAAAUGGACAAAAGGUGAAAGGAGCCGAUAAAGUGUAUUUUGACCGUCAAAAUUCAUUGUGGAGGUGCCAGUUUGCUCCAAGGAAAAAUGGAAUGCACGAUAUCACAAUCUUUGCAAAGAAGAAAUCAAGCGAAGGCACUUUUUCUGAAGCCGUUGAUUUCAUUUUUGAUAUUAAAGACCUGAAAACAUUCAUUUCUUUCCCACAUACAUGGUCUCAUUUCUACGAGUAUGAUUUAGAAAUUGUUGCUCCGCUUUAUAGUGCAUCGGUUGUAUGUCCAAUUGGCGCUUCUUACUGUGAAAUUCUUAUUCGAUGUCCAGAUGACAUCGAAUUGCAUGGCUCAUUAAAAGAGUCGACAAAUGGACAAAAGGUGAAAGGAGCCGAUAAAGUGUAUUUUGACCGUCAAAAUUCACUGUGGAGGUGCCAGUUUGCUCCAAGAAAAAAUGGAAUGCACGAUAUCAUAAUCUUUGCAAAGAAGAAAUCCAGUAAAGGCACUUAUGCUGCAGCCGUCGAUUUCAUUUUUGAUGCUAAAGACUUGAAAACAUUCAUUUCUUUCCCACAUACAUGGUCUCAUUUCUACGAGUAUGAUUUAGAAAUUGUUGCUCCGCUUUAUAGUGGAUCGGUUGUAUGUCCAAUUGGAGCUUCUUACUGUGAAAUUCUUAUUCGAUGUCCAGAUGAUGUGAAGCUAUCAGGGCACAUAGAACAAGGUGGUCAACGAAUUCAACAAGGCGAUUUCAUUCAAUACAUCGCCGAAAAAGAGUUGUGGCAAUGUUUAUUCGCACCGAAAAGUGACGGUUUACACGAGAUCACCAUAUUCGCGAAAAAACUAGAUGAAAAAGAAAGUACAGAAGCGACGAUUCACUGUCUUCUUCCUGGAGCAACAGAAGUGAAUAUGACCGUUGAUUCGGAAUGGUUAUCAGCUCAGGGCUAUGAGAAUAAUGUGUUUAAACGUACAAUCAAAGUUGGGUCUCAAGUGACAAUGUGGCAAUUUCAUGUCUUAAGAGAAAUUCGCGAUGGAAGUUCGAUUUAA